CGGCGGGCGGCGGCCGAGCGCUCCCGGCGCUCAGCGACGACGUCCCGUUCCGAGUGAACUGGCCGGGCACCGAGUUCUCUCUGAUACAGCAGAUAAGGAGGACGCUUAGGGUGAGAACACUUUAGCCUCAGAUGUCAUUUCUAAGCAAGCACCUUUAACUGCUGAGCCAUCUCUGCAGCCCUCAGAUGUCAUUUCUAAAGAACGCACUUGGAAUGAACAUGCCCACAACUGGAGUUUUGUAUAAAGAAGAUAAUUAUGUCAUCAUGACAACUACACAUAAAGAAAAGUACAAAUGCAUGCUUCCCCUUGUGACAAGUGGAGAUGAGGAAGAAGAAAAGGAUUACAAAGGCCCUAAUCCAAGAGAGCUUUUGGAACCACUAUUUAAGCAAAGCAGCUGUUCCUACAGAAUUGAGUCUUACUGGACUUAUGAAGUGUGUCAUGGGAAACAUAUUCGGCAGUACCAUGAAGAGAAAGAGACUGGCCAAAAAAUAAAUAUUCAUGAAUACUACCUUGGGAACAUGUUGGCUAAGAAUCUUCUAUCAGAAAAAGAACAAGAAGCAGAAGAAAAGGAAAAAUCAAAUGAGAUUCCCACUAAAAACAUCGAAGGUCAGAUGACACCCUACUAUCCUGUGGGAAUGGGAAAUGGUACACCUUGUAGUUUGAAACAGAAUCGACCCAGAUCAAGUACUGUGAUGUACAUAUGUCAUCCUGAAUCUAAGCAUGAAAUUCUUUCAGUAGCUGAAGUCACAACUUGUGAAUAUGAAGUUGUCAUUUUGACACCACUGUUGUGCAGUCAUCCUAAAUAUAGGUUUAGAGCCUCUCCUGUGAAUGACAUAUUUUGCCAGUCAUUGCCAGGAUCUCCGUUUAAGCCUCUCACACUACGACAGUUGGAGCAGCAGGAAGAAGUACUAAGGGUGCCUUUCAGGAGAAAUAAAGAGGAAGAUUUGCAGUCAGCUAAAGAAGAGAGAUUUCCAGCGAUUCACAAACCUAUUGCUAUUGGCUCUCAGCCAGUGCUCACUGUUGGAACAACCCACAUAUCCAAGCUGACAGAUGACCAACUCAUAAAGGAGUUCCUUAGUGGUGCUUACUGCUUUCACGGGGGUGUUGGUUGGUGGAAAUAUGAAUUCUGCUAUGGCAAACAUGUCCAUCAAUAUCAUGAGGACAAGGAUAAUGGGAAAACCUCUGUGGUUGUAGGAACAUGGAACCAAGAAGAGCACAUUGAAUGGGCUAAGAAGAACACUGCCAGAGCUUACCACCUUCAAGAUGAUGGCACCCAGUCUGUCAGGAUGGUAUCACAUUUCUAUGGGAAUGGAGAUAUUUGUGACAUAACUGACAAGCCAAGACAGGUGACUGUAAAACUAAAGUGUAAAGAAUCAGAUUCUCCUCAUGCUGUUACUGUAUAUAUGCUAGAGCCUCACUCCUGUCAGUAUAUUCUUGGGGUUGAAUCUCCAGUGAUCUGUAAAAUCCUAGAUACUGCUGAUGAAAAUGGACUUCUUUCUCUCCCCAACUAAAGGAUAUUAAAGUUGAAGGAAAAAAAUAUUGAAAGUCUUUCUGCCCGUAUGUCUCAUUAUAGAGUUCUCAGCCAUUGGACCUCAUCUAACGGAUUGUAUAAAAAGAUUGUCAACCACUUUGUGAAUAUAUGUGUGUAUAUAUGAGGCAGAGAAUGGACUCAUUUUUUUCAUUUUUGUGUCUUAUGAAUUGUGUUUUGUCUUUGCUUGGAUAAUGUGAUUUCAAAAUAAAUCUGACCCAAGCAGUAUAGAGUCCAGCCUAUUCAAAUGCUAUAAUCGUUAUACCUGUUAAAUGAUUUUUAAUAAUAGAUAUAUUGUGCAAAUUAUAUAUAACUAAUGAAAUAGAGAUAAUGAAGAAAGAUAUUGAUAGGAGAUUGUUUAAAUGGUAACCAUGUACAAUAUGUAAAUUCCCAUACCUGAAAUCCUUCAAAAUCAAUCUUGAUAUAGGAACUCUUUACCACGAGGCAUCAAACUUAAGAAAUGGCACAUUGUAGAGCCUCAUGCGUGGUUUUUCUUCACCACAGUUAUCUCAAGAAACUCUUACUUGUGACAAGUCACUUCUCUCCUCAAACUUGUAUCUAUUUCUUCUCCAUGAGUAUGUUUUCUCCCAGAAUUUAUGGCAUUGACAAGUUGGUGAUUUUUCUCUAACUUAAAAUAAUUGGUUCUAACAAAGCACACUGUGCUGUCUCUCCAUUGUACCUGCCUUCUGUAUAGUACACAUCUAGUUCUGGAUAGUUUCAUUGCACUAUAUUUAUUCCUAAGAAUAAAAUGUUCAUGAGCAGUGUUGUCAUGUA